GCGUCCCAGCGGCAUCCCGGAGGAGGACGUGCGCAGCUCGCUGGUGCCCUACCUGCUCAAGCACAGGUCCUACCUGCGGAAAGUCCUCAAGGAGAAGGAGGAAGAGAACAGGAAGGUCGCGGAGUCGGUGCUCGCGGGGAGGAGGAGGAUUGCGGAGCUGCAGCAGCUGAUCCAAGCUCGCAAACAAGCCUGGCAGGCAAUUAGUAAAGAGCAACGAGAACUCAUCAUGACGUUCAAGGAGCCCCAGUGA